AUGUUAUUUGAUCCAGAGACAGCGAAUGACCUCAGGCCAUGGCUAGUCAAAGCACUCGAGCCAGUAUGUGAUGCAGAGCCUGGCGCUCUUGCGGACUACAUUCUUGCUCUCCUGAAACAUAAUGCUCCUGAAGCAGAGUUGCGCAAAGAGCUAGCUUCACAACUAGAGGAGUUCUUGGAGAAGGAAGGACCAUCCUUCAUCGAUACACUGUUCACAGCCCUACGAACGAAGUCAUAUUUACCUUAUUCUGCUGCAUCUCCCUCUUCCGGAUAUCUACCGUCGAGCACGCCGUCCGUCGACACUGGGAUUCCCAUUCCGUUGGACGCCCUACUAUCUCCUUCUAUUCCUACCUCCCCUGAUCGAGGACGCAAACGCAGUAUUGACCACGAUGACCAUGAAAUGCGACCACCUACCAAGGGACCGCGGCUGAAUGGUGAUGGUCAAUUCUCGCGGUACGGGCGAAAUGAUAGUCGAUCAUCGUGGGGUGGCCGUGGUGAGCGUGGCGGUAGGAUGGCUAUGAAUGGACGAAGUGACUACGUGGAGGGGAGCAUGAAUGGAGGGAUGGACGUAGGGAUGGGUCACGCGAUGAACGGAGGGAUGGGUCACAUAAAUGGCCGGGGUCCGCAAUACCGUCCUCCAGAUCGAAGAGGGAUUUGCCGCGACUAUCAUAACAACGGUUACUGUGCUCGGGGUGCCUUCUGCAAGUACAGCCAUGGCGACGAUGCGGUGAUUCCCUCGCAGCUGUUCCCGAUGAAUGGUCCUAUGGGUGUCGGUUCUUUACCCUUCGUGCCAAUGCUACCCAACAGCGGCAUACCAUUUGGGAUGGGAGGGGGAUCCAAUGCCGCAUACGACCCUCAUGAACGCAUGGAUAUGCGACCUAUCGCAGGUGCUAGUUCGAGUAUGAGUGGCCGCCCACCCAACCCACGUGCACCAAUCAUACCUCGACAUGGAGAUAUAGAUGGCGCGAUGGCGCAGAAACCAGGUGAAUUGCCCGUAAUACAGGAUCUUACACCUCAAGGUGUCUCCGACGAUGAUCUGUCGCGAACUAGUGUACCGGAUGGACCCAGUGCAUCAGACAGACGAGUGCCUGGCCCAAGUAAUCAUGAGCGCAUGAUGAAUGGUGCGCGGCCGAUGGGUGGCUCUCCCGACGUCGACAUGGUGGCCCCCCCAAUGUCACCAAACGGACGAUUUGGUGGUCCGAGAGGCAGUCGGAUGGCAGGUCCUCGUGGUACAUUCGGCGGCGAUGUACACAGUUUCCGACCUGAGAAGCGCAAUGACAAAACACUUGUCGUGGAGAAGAUUCCCGAGGACAAGCUCAGUCUUGGGUCCGUGAACGAGUGGUUCAAGCGGUUUGGAACCGUGACUAAUGUCGCCGUCGAUGCGGUGAACUCGAAGGCACUGGUUAGUUUCUCCACCCACGACGAGGCUCACGCCGCUUGGAGGUCGGAAGAUGCAGUGUUUGGCAACCGCUUUGUCAAGGUCUUCUGGCAUCGGCCAAUGGAAGGCCACGGACAGAUGGGUGUGCGGAUGCUAGCAGCGUCAGCGCCUCUAGUUGCCACUAUCACCAGCAAAGAUGCGUCUCCUACGCAAGCCGCAGCAGGGGAAUCGUCUGCCACCCCACCUGCAACUCCGAGUGCACCUUCCGCCCGAAAACCCUCGACGUCUUCUGCAGCAGCAGCCCUUGCUGCCAAGCAACGUUUGCUUGAGCAGCAGAUUGCUGAACAAAAGUCGUUGAUGGCAUUGCUCAGUGCUGCAUCUCCCGAGGAGAAGAAGGAUAUUAUGGCUCGUCUGCGCAAACUCGGCGAGGAGAUGAAGCCUUCGGCUUCAGCUUCUCAGUCAUCGCGACCCGUUCCUACUCUUGCACCUGCGGCAGCACCCAAAAAACCGAGAGGCGUCACACCGCGGUCGGAGGAUCAGGAGCGGCUUGAGCGGGAGCGAUUAGACAAGGAGCUCGAACUGCACCAUGCCACAGGCGCAAUCGAGGGUGAGGUGGAAGAGAGCACAGAAGACUUGAAGGUCAAAUUGGCUAAGCUGAAGGCAGAGGCCGCCAGUCUAGGGCUUCCUGAGGCCGCAGAAUCUCCUUACCCCAGUACAUCAUACCGCCCUUACAGGGGGCGAGGUCGAGGUGGUCGCGGUUUCUUCCGCGGCGCUAUGCGCGGUGGUGCGCGAGCAAGCAUGAAGCUCGACAACCGUCCCAAAAGGUUGCUACUCAAAGACGCUAGUGGUGACAAUGUACAGGCUAUCCGCGACUGGUAUGAGACCACUGGACAAGUGGAAACAGUCGAUGUGAUGGACAAUGGAGACGUCCUUGUUGCCUUCAGAACAAGAGCUGCAGCAGAACAGGGAUUCUCGAAGGGAGCUUCUAUCCCCACCGUUGGUCAGGUACAGAUUUCUUGGUAUUCGGGUCAACAACUAGCUGCUGCGGGGGCGCCGAAACCUCCAUCUCCUAUCGAGAGUUCAUAUGCUGCAGAAGAUAAGAGAGUAUUCGACAGUACGGUCGGAUUCUCAGGGCCCACGGAUGACAUCCACAUGCAUGAAGAAGUUGCUGCAAGUGGCUGGGGUGGCGACGAUGGGGAGGACGGGUUCGCCAUGCUAUGA